AUGGCCAUCAAUACGGUACCACCUCACUUACCAGACCUUGUUAUCCACCGAAUCAUCCGACUACUUCCCACAAAAGCCGCCGUCCGCAUGAGUUUUCUCUCCAAGCAAUGGGAAGGUGUUUUGUCCUCGGUCCCUAUAUUAGAUUUCGAUGAGGGUGAUGAGAAUGACAACAACCUGGUUCGACAUAGGAAGUUCGUUGACAACAUUUUGAAAAGGUAUUUGGAAUUGUGUAAGAAAGAGAAGCAGAAACAACUGCUCGAUAAAUUCAGGCUUUGCAUGACGAGGUACUUAUCUGCAGACGCUACCGUAGUAAAUGAGUGGUUGCGUUAUUCAAUGGAGAGAAGUGUGAAGGAGUUGGAUAUCAGCCUUAGGGUUGAUAAAUCCUAUUGGCUUUGGGGUGGACUGAGAAGCUACUACUGCUUGUCUCGAAAGGCACUUGCCAAUGCAAACAGUAUAACUACUCUGAAUUUGGAGUACAUGAGAAUAAAGAACAUUAGCAGAUUUGGCAGCAGUACUGCUAAGCCUAUACGCCUUCUUCCCUCUUUGAAAGCUAUGUCCCUUAAAAAUGUGCACUUUGAUACUAAUGCUCUCUUGUACUUAACUGGAGAGUGCCCUUCCAUGGAAUCUUUGUCACUAACUUCAUGUUCCUUCGCAAAUUUCGAAAUUUGUGUUUCAAAUUCCAGUCUCAGAUCCUUUGGUGUUAAGCAGUGUAAGGCUGGUGAAAUUCGAGUUUACGAAGCAGUGAAUCUUGAAUCACUUACUGUUGUUUCUUCGAGUUUUGAGCUCGAGAGUAUGAUCUUUAGAGAGUGCUACAAUCUGAAAUAUAUGAACAUAUUUGCUCGGCAUUUGAAAGUGUUUCAGUUAGAUGGAUGCUAUGAUGUGAAAGCCACAAUCAAUGCCCCGAAGCUCUGCGAUUUUAACUUCGAGGGUUAUCUGAAGUCCGAAUUUUCUUUGAAAGCUCCGAAGCUGUGGUCGGCCUCCAUCCUACUAUGGGACAAUUGGGACGGAGAGUUUCUGAAUUUCGACGGACCAUGGAAACAUCUUCCUAGAUUGAGAGACUUUCUUGGAGAAUUCAAAGCUACCAAAGGUAUGACACUUCUCGUAUCUCAUUUCAAGGCACUCAUCUUUCCGAAAGAAUUCAGAGAGACCUUCUCUUCAUCUUCACCAAAAUUGCUUAAUCUCAAAGUUCUUGAUCUGGCGAUGGAGAACGCCCCAACAAACAUGAGAGACAAAAAAGACUUGACGAACUCCUUACUUUGGAUAGCGCCUACUCUACAGGAAAUUAAUCAAUUAGAAUACAAUGAAGAGUUGGAAAUGUAUGUAUAA